AUGCAAAACGCUGACUACACCUCAGUCCCCUACUACCCUCAGCAACCCUAUCCGCAGACCCAGAAUCCGAAUCAAAAUCCGGUCCCGGGUCCGAACCAGAACCCGAUCGAAUCCCUCUACCACGCGCCGCCGUCUUACGCAUCAGCCCCGCCGUUCUCCGCCAACGCAUACACCCCUCCACCGCCGCCUCCACCCGCCGAUCAUUCGGCCGCGUACCACCACAAUACAGCUUCCUACCCAUCCUUCCCCCAAGCUUCGGAUCCUCUCCCGGCGCCGCCGCCGCCUUCGUAUUCUCAGCCUCAGUCGGCCUAUUCUUUCCCGCAAUUCGAAGUCCACGGGCCCCACCAACCCCCAGCCCAAACCCAAUCGCCGUCCUAUCACCCAUCUUACGAUCAGCCUGCGCCUGAUUACGCCUCCAACAUCAACCCUAAUCCCGUUUCCCCCAAUUCGCCUUACCCAUCUAUCCACCCCACUCCUCAGUACCCUCAGUUCAGUAAAUCUCUUUACGAGACACAGUACGAUAAUCAUGAUGUGAACUUUGGGCGGAGCAGGUCGGAUGUGGGAGCCGAAUUGUAUGGCAAACGGGCGGAUAGUGGGUAUGCGAACGACAGCCUGUAUGGGAAUAAUGAAGGGGUUUAUGCUUACAGGGGAAGUAGUGAGCCGUAUGGAGCUCGGGGAACGGCUCCAAAGUCUUCAACUUGGUCUGGUUUUGACGAUUUUGGUAGGCCAAUUGGAUAUUCUUCUUCGUCAGGGAAAGAAAGACCAUCAUCGAAUUCUGGUCUGAAGGUAGUGAGGGCGGUUCCAACGGCAGACACACAGCAGGAUGCGAAGGGUGGGGUACAGAAAUUCAGAGUGAAGUUGUUGGCCGAGAGUGGUGGACAAAGCACCAUGGAUGUUCUCUGCCAGAUUGGCUUGGAUGGAAUUCGUAUGCUGGACCCAAGUACCAGUCGUAUAUUAAGGAUUUAUCUUCUCGACUCAAUAACCAGAUGUGAAGCUUUUGAUUCAUCAACAUUUGCGUUUUGGUCAAAAAGUUCUGUGGAUAUUGAACCAAGGCGUAUUAGAUUGCAGUCCAAUAGUUAUACCACCAACACCAUUUUGGAUACAGUUACUGCUGCAAUCAUACAGUAUAAGGAGAUGAGUGAGAGAAGCCGUCCUUCUGAAUAUCCCAAGAUUGCUGAACAACCUCAAGAGAAGAAGAAAGGUUUUGCUGAUUUCAUGAACUUGAUAAAGCCUGUCAACGAGGAGAAAGAUCACUGGGUCCCUGAUGAAGCAGUAACAAAGUGCACAGCUUGUGGGACAGACUUUGGUGCUUUUGUGCGGAGGCAUCACUGCAGGAACUGUGGGGAUAUAUUUUGUGACAAGUGCACGCACGGUAGAACUGCUCUUACAGCUGAUGAGAAUGCUCCCGUUGUUAGAGUUUGUGAUCGAUGCAUGGCCGAAGUUUCUCGCAGGCUUAGUAAAAUCAAGGAAGCUGCCAACAGACCUACUGUCGUUCAAAGCCAUGACGAUCUUGCCAAGAAACUUCAGAUAUUGGCAUCAAAAUUCGAUUUUUCAUUUUAUUUUGUAUUUUAUUUUUCUAAAUUUCCGACAGGCUCCAAGUCAGACAGUUCUGGAAGGCGGAUGAAAGAGGUUGCCUGCCCAACAUGUACAGUCCAUUUGCAGGUUCAAGUGCCGAGUUCUGGUUCAGAGACCAUAGAGUGUGGGGUCUGCCAGCAUCCAUUUCUCGUCACAGGCAAUUAA